AGAAUUUGUGAAUUGUGAUUUGUGAUAUUGUGAUUGUCUGAAAUCAUUUGCGAUCUUUUUGCGAUGUAGGUAUUCAAACAUUAAAUAAUGAAAAACUGAUUUAUAUUUUAUUUUAAAUCAUUAAUGUUGUUGUAAAAAGGCAUUCCUACUAAAAUUAGAAGUUUAUUUUUUAAAUAACGAUGGGUGGAUUAUUUACUAAAAAUAAGAAACCAGUCAGCAGAGUAACUGAACAAGAUAAGGCAAUUCUUCAGUUAAAACAACAAAGGGAUAAAUUAAAACAGUAUCAGAAGAAAAUUGAACUGAAUUUAGAAAGGGACCGACAGUUAGCUAAAAAACUUCUUGCUGAGGAUAAGCGUGAGAGAGCAAAAUUACUUCUAAGAAAGAAAAAAUACCAGGAAAACCUAUUGCAAAGUACUGAUGCACAACUUGAAAAGUUAGAGCAACUGACUCAUGAUUUAGAAUUUGCGGAAAUUGAAGUACAGGUACUUGAUGGCUUGAAGAAUGGUAAUGCAGCUUUGAAGAACAUUCAUGAUAUAUUAAAUAUUGAUGAAAUAGAAAAAAUAAUGGAUGAAACCCGAGAAGGUAUUGAGAAACAAAGAGAAAUUGAUGAUCUUAUAUCUGGACAACUUACUGAAGAAGAUGAUGAAGCAAUUGAAAAUGAGCUUGAAGAGAUUUUGGAUGUUAGAAAAGAACUUCCCGAAGUUCCGAAAGAUGAACUUCCGGAAUCUGAAGAAGCUGUACCAGAAAAACCUCAAAGGGCAAAAGCUGGUCAGAAAAGAAUUGCCUUGGAAGCCUAAACAAAUUUUUAUUAUUUAUAUUUUAAAAAUGUAUAUGCAUGUAUAUAAAUAAUAUUGUAUUUAAAGCUUUAAGUGAAAUAUAAUAUUUUGUUAUGAA